AUGAGUUCCUUCACCGACAACCUCCUCCCCAUCUAUAUCAUUGGAGAAACCAUACGCGCCAAUUAUGCAUACUUUGCCUUUCACACAACUCCUCAGAUAACCCCAUCACUGAUUGCGCUUCUUUCCGAAACUCUCAAACUUGCUAUCGCAGCUAUAAUUAUCAAUCAUUCCGAGGAAGGUCUUUCUUCUAUCAGAAAGAAAUUUAACAGGAAUGGCUCUAGGGAUGUUGUGCAAUACGGUGUUCCAGCAGCCUUUUACCUCAUCAAUAACCUGAUAUAUUUCACGAUUCUGCCGUCCACAUCGCCCAGUCUUCUCCAAGUAUGUAUGCUUGCGAAGAUUCCCGCGACGGCGAUCCUGCAUCAUUUCUGGGUGAGGAAGCAAGGAAAUGCUCGAUCGUGGAUAUCUCUUGGCUUCCUCUGUUUUGGGCUCUUUCUCUUCAAUAUCCCCUCGGGCAAUGAUACCAAAGGUUGGCUUGUGGCUCCUGUGGCAGGAUUGGUGAUCGCGGUCUUCUCUGCAAUCGCUAGUAUUGCUAGUGAGUCUCUUACCAAGACUGGUUCAUUCUGGGAAUCUCAACUAUGGCUCUAUCUUUGGGGAGUUUUCUUCUCCAUCAUCACAUACCCCAUUGCUACAUGGAUAACGGUUGAUUGGGGAACGAAUGCAAAUCUCUCGGUAACAUCUACGGCAACGAUUGCUAUCUAUUUCUCGUGUCUCACAUCCGGCGUCGGCUUAAUCGUCGCUGCUAUGCUCCGGAAAAAAGACAAUCUUACGAAAUUGGUGGGAACUUCGAUUAGUCUGCUCACGAUUGCCGCAACGCAGUAUGUCAUAUUCCCCGCGUUGCGAUCAUCGGGUUUCACGGCGUGGAAGAUCAUGGGGGGAUUGGUAGUCAUCAUCUCGACGGGUUGUUAUAAUUAUUUCAAGGAUACAUCUCCAGAGAAUGUCAGUUCGUUUAGUCGGUUACUUCCAACCUCCAAUGAGUACACUGAGGAUGGGGAGAUCUCAAGAUCUGAGAAAUCAAUUGCUGUAUCGGCAAUGGAAAGAAUGUUCUCAUGGUUUGCUUUCGUUCAUCAGAGAUCCCCAUCUACUUCUUAUGGGUUGGUUGAAACUCGGGAGGCUGAGAGCGAAGAGAGAUUGUCAACUGCUAGUAAAGAUUUAACUUAA